CUUAUUCCUGUCAGCACUACGUUUCAGAUGUCAGCAUAGGUGGAGCUGUCUAUACUAUUAUUCACCUCAGCGUGACCUUCUUUUCUACAGAAGCCUAAUUCUUUCCAUAGUGCUUAUUUUUAGGGGAAUUUCUCAGUCCAAGACUUCCUUUGUUGUCCUACUCCCUAACCAGAAGUCGAUAUCCAGAGCCCUCUGGAGAGACCAAGGAUGACUGUGUUUAUUAAUCCUCUCUUGUACCAAAGCCAAGAGAUAGCCGUUUCUGACUGGAUCACUCUUCUCACUCUUUGUUUGGCUCCGCUCAUUGCGCAUGUUCUCAUCGGCGCACCUUCACCGACUUAUCUUUCUCUGAGUCGACCACCUUGGCAUGAAAGAAUAUGCCACUACAACCCGACUUCCAUUCUCUGGCGAUACGGAGCAAUCACUGACCGUCGAAUUCGGGCUAAGAACUGGGAUAGAUUCGACCUGGCUGCCAGCAAUGCUUUGUUUUGGACUGACCAAGGCUGGGAUGGAUCUGAAGAGAUGAUCGCGUACAGCCGACCGCGUUGUGUUCAACUACCCGAUGGAGACAGGGUUACCUUGUUGUCAAGAGACGCGAUCAAGACUCUCAUUAUUACCGUUCAGGGCAUGCAGGCCAUAAUCCUGCUAUUGGGCAGUCAAAUUGACCCUUCUGCCCCAAGUUUCACACUGUUGAUGGCUGUCGAUAUCAUUUUCUUUCCCAUCGCACUUUUCGGAUUGUUGAGGCUGUGCAGCUGUCUCUGGCUUACGGACGAGUUCUCAUUCGCCUCGAUGGAGGACAUCCCUGCUGGUUCUCCACAACCCAUCGGCUGCAGCACGACAUCCUUCGAGCUAUUGGCUGCCAAUCCUGCGACGAUUGAACCCGAAAGAUUUCACAACUCAAGGUUUUGGGGCAGCAGAACAUUUCGAUGCACAUACGCUCUAGUGCUCCUCGCUCUCCUGGGGUUGGCCCUGUCCUUCAUGGUCCCGCACGGAGACACUUUCUACACUACGACAACUUUCGUGGUGAUUAUCUUCUACCUAGGCGUGAUCGGAAUGACUGCUCUGAUAACAGCCUGGUACCUGGGAAUCAAGGGAGCUAAGUCUACUGUCUUGCCUUGCAUAUCGUCAACCUGGUACAAAUUCUACACCGGCGUCCUGUUGGGCUUUGGAAUUGCCGUGAUUGUCAUCGCAUGCAUUGAGACCCGCAAGACUCCCUGCGGAAAGUUCACAAGCGGUCCAGGUAUACAGGCUGAUCUGUUGGCAUGCUUGCGCGGCAAAUUUGACAAGAUCGACCAUCAUGAUAUUGUUGACGGUCCAUAUAAUGGCACCGUUAGUUAUGGCUUCCAACGUCCCAACAAUGCCAGCUACGUGGUAGCUCACUACGAAGACGAUCAGCAAAAUGUCUUCAAUUUUACUAGAAUGUGUUUCAGCAGUAUGUUUGGAAUCUGAACGGCGCAACAGCGUCUAUCAAGCAGGAACAGGCAGAAAUCCUCGGCCGAGCUCUAAGUAAAAGUCUGUAUAAUAUGAAUAUAUUAUAGUUGUAAAAGCAAUGAAAAUAGAGAGGUAUAAGAGAAAAGCGGUAGUCAAUUAGUAAUUUUUGGC